AUGGCGACUCUGGGUCUGGACGAGGACGAGCUGAAGUCUGUGGAACACACUGUCGCCAGGCUAGCACAAUUAUCCAGCAGUAUACAGAGCCUGAAGAUGGACAUUAUUAAAAGCAAUCCUCUUCCGCACCCCUCUUCGCUCCAAGCAUCCGCCCAGAUCCUCCAGCGCAACCUCCAGUCCGUCCUGGAGAGCCUGAACGACAAUUCGGAGCUCUUUACGCGAAUGGUCAUCCACCCGUCCACCAACUACCCCGGGCGAGCGCAAGAAAAUAUCCUCACACAGUUGCUGCGAAAGAAGCUGGAGCCAGAUGUGGAGGAGUUUGUGGCCGAGGGGAGAGAGACGGCGAAGCUAGCUACACCUGAGGGCGUGGCAGAACUGCAGGCCAUUUGGGACGAGUUGAGAGAGUGGACGCAGGGACGUAUUGCGGCGUAUGUGCGCGACGAGGCGGGCGAUGUGUAUACCAGGGAGGAGAGGGAGAUGGGCGUGGAGAAUGUGCGUACGGGACUGCGAAAGGGUCUUGAUGACGAGAGUGAUGAGGAGGAUGAUGAAGAUGAGGCGGAUGAGGACGAGGAUGGUGAGGAUGAGGAGAGGGGAGGGAGGGCGCUGGCUAGGGGACCCGAAUUGGAGACGUUGCUGUGGUUUGGGGCGAGGGGGGAUUUUGAACUGCCGCGGAAUGUGGAAUUUGAGCGCAAGGUUGGCGUGAAGAAGGGUCUGGAGGGCGUUAAUAUACCGCCUGAGAGGAUGGAUGGGGUUUUGUCGGGUUAG